AUGGCCUCAAGACCUGCCUCCCGCGCUCUCCGCCAGACCGCCCGCCAAGUGGCUUCCUCUGCGCCCGCUGUCCAGCGACGCACCUUCGUCUCAGCUCUCAAUGCUGCCCGCUCCGGCGUCGCGGCGGCUCCCAAGGCGGCCGUCAGCUCGCAGUUCCAGCAGAGGCGCGGUGUGAAGACGAUUGACUUCGCUGGCACCAAGGAGACCGUCUACGGUUUGUUGUCCCCGUCCCACCGUGCCGACUGGCCGAGGGAGAAGCUCCUGGACUACUUCAAGAACGACACUCUGGCCCUCAUCGGCUAUGGCUCCCAGGGCCACGGCCAGGGUCUCAACCUCCGCGACAACGGCCUCAACGUCAUCGUCGGUGUACGCAAGAACGGCGCUUCGUGGAAGGAGGCCGAGCAGGAUGGCUGGGUGCCCGGCCAGAACCUCUUCGACAUUGAUGAGGCCAUUGGCAAGGCCACCAUUGUCAUGAACCUGCUCUCCGACGCUGCCCAGUCCGAGACGUGGCCUCACAUCAAGCCUCUGAUCACCAAGGGCAAGACCCUCUACUUCUCCCACGGCUUCUCGCCCGUCUUCAAGGACCUCACCAAGGUCGAGGUUCCCAAGGACGUGGACGUCAUCCUCGUCGCCCCCAAGGGCUCCGGCCGCACCGUCCGCUCCCUCUUCCGCGAGGGCCGCGGCAUCAACUCGUCCAUUGCCGUCUACCAGGACGUCACCGGCAAGGCCAAGGAGAGGGCCGUUGCCCUGGGUGUCGCCGUCGGCUCCGGUUACCUGUACGAGACGACGUUCGAGAAGGAGGUCUACUCGGAUCUCUACGGUGAGCGCGGCUGCCUGAUGGGCGGCAUCCACGGCAUGUUCCUCGCGCAGUACGAAGUCCUCCGCGAGCGCGGCCACAGCCCCUCCGAGGCCUUCAACGAGACCGUCGAGGAGGCCACGCAGUCGCUCUACCCGCUCAUCGGCGCCCAUGGCAUGGACUACAUGUACGCUGCCUGCUCGACCACGGCGCGCCGCGGCGCCAUCGACUGGAGCAAGCGCUUCAAGGAGGUGCUCAAGCCCGUCUUCAACGACCUGUACGACUCGGUGGCCGACGGCAGCGAGACGAAGCGCAGCCUGGAGUACAACUCGCAGCCCGACUACCGCGAGAAGUACAAGAAGGAGCUCGAGGAGAUUGACAACCUGGAGAUCUGGAGGGCGGGCAAGGCUGUCCGCAGCCUGAGGCCGGAGAACAAAUAG